AUGCCCGUCUCAGCCACUGCACGGGAUCACCUAAGUCCACUUCACAACCUGAUGAACUAUUCAAUACCCUUGCAAGAUUCCUCCUCCAUGCCGUCCUUGCCAGAAGUUGACCUACCCAAACGAACAAUACAGAAUGGUGAUUCAGAUACCCGACAAAGACAACUUGGGAAUGAGAUUGAGCAUCUCACAUUGUCCAAUGUUCGAUUACUCCGAGCCAAUCGAAUCCUAAAGUUGGAUUGUGACAGACUCGUAGAGCAACAGACGGCUCAACUUAAGCAGGAUAUGGAAGAAUUGAGGAUCCAUAAUAUCCGACUACAGCGUAGUAAUCGAUUACUCCAAGAUGAUUUACUUGCAAAAUCUCAAGAAUUGAAUCAAUUGAAAGAAGAUCAGAUUCGACAGAUGAAGAACGUUGGACCAGAGUAUGAAUAUCUUGUUCAGAUUGUGAAUCUUUUAUAUCGACAGCUCGAGGGACAAGCUGGAUGUAACAAGACGUGUUGUUAUACAGAUCAGCCUCUUAGCCAAGGAUUCUCUGUUCUGACUCUUCCACCUGAGAGCGAAGAACAAAAGCCUGAACCACAGCAUAUCUGCCGACCGGUGAUUCAUUCCAAUAUCUCGGGUGGAACGAUGGCCAGUGCCCUUGAACAAGAAAAUGCACAGCUAAGAGAGGGAUUGCAGGCCCUUCAUGCGGAUCAGGAACAAUUGUAUGACCUAUUACGGGACAAGGAAGAAGAUGCGGAGAUGCUAAAAUGCGAACUGAAGCUCAAAGAUGAUAUUGUCACUCAACUUGAAAAAGACUUUGAACGGAUGGAGCUAGAGGUCGUAGGCAUCCAAAAGGACUGGCGCUACUCUGAUAGAUUCAAAUCCGAGAGUUCAUUUGCUGAUAUCCACGACUUCCCUACACCCCCACCUCAAUCUGAUGAUGAUGGCCAGACCCUAUAA